AUGCGUGUGCUCCGUGUAUUGUUCCGGAUGAUGACGUCAUCACUUCUCCUUCUUUUCUACCUCCAUCCACCGCCACCGAUUCAAGCCUACAGUACCACUUUCUCCCGACUCGAACCCGUUUCUACUCGUCUGAUUCUAGGCUCAUCGUCUUCUGGAUCCUCUUCUUCUUCAUCCUCUUCACAACGAUGCUACAGUUGUAUGUCAAGGUACUACGGUGCAACGUGGCAGUUUGCCGGAUAUUCAAGGAUAUAUCAGGAGCCGAGGGCUUUUACGGAUCAUUGCAGAGAUCCCCAGGCUCGUGGAGCCGAUGUUCCAUCAACCUACUGUGAAGAAAAGGCGAAUUGUGUUACACUGAUUGAAGAACUCAAAAUUGGAACCGGUGCUCGGGGAUAUAUACGAGGAUGCUGGGGAUCGGUACUUCUUUUUGGAUUUAAUAGAACUGGUACUGUCGGCGCUCUUGCGGAACACUCAUUCUGUCAUACAUUCAAUUUGACACAGCUGGUUAGUGGUGGUCGCCCGGAAGAGUCAUCUAUCAAUGUCUGCUCAUGUCGUGGAUCGCUCUGCAAUGGCUCAACGAUCAACGCAUCCUCGACAAUCUUCUCAUUUUCCCAUUUUCUACUUGCCAUUCUCAUUGUGAUACUUAAGUCACUCAAUUGA